AUGAGCGGCAGGCCCAGUUUCUCAACCUUGCGGACCAGCGUGUCUUCGAAACGCAGAUCUCAGUUAGAAGAGCUGUCCCAAGAAUUGCAGGACGCUGUCGAAUAUACUACCAAGGACGUUGAAGAAGACGAAGCGCAACGCCGCGGCUUCUUGCCAAAGGCUGACCUCGAUCGGAUACUCAACCCUAGGUCGUUAGAGCUGUUGUUCAUAGAGUCGGUUUCUGAAACUCCUUCCUUCGGAGGCGGCGUUCUCCUACCAUCUAGCACCAGCGGUAUCGCGAAUGAAGAGGAGACCUCAGAUCCUUCACGUGAAGACACCUUUAUCAGAAAUUGCAUUGACGCGACGACGCGCACACCACUGGAUACACCAUCGUGGAGGGCUCUUCUUGCUUUGUUCUUGUACCAAAACUCCAAGGAACUGCUCUCGUUGUUUCUGCAAUGGAUGUUCGCUGAAUUCGGCUGCUCUACAGCCAUGUCUGACAAUCCCAUCCCCUCUGAUGAGUCGAUACCAUUCACGAAGGCUACGCUGAGAGAUUAUCAUGUUCCAACCUGGUGCCACAGAGUCAUACUUCUGGAUCAAGCAAUGUUCAAACCGGUCAUGAUUCAGAAGCUGGAGCAUCACGACAUUACCACCAGCAAACGCUUACCUUUCAUGGGCAUGUAUGAACCAAUCAAAAGUGGCUCUCAAGGCCAGGUCUUCAAAGCUGAAAUAGCACAAUUUCACUGGGAAAUUCGAGAAAAUGAGGACCAGGAAGACUCCGAUUUUGUCACCGGUAAUCCGAAAGACACAAAACUCGUGGCUCUCAAAGUCUUCAGGGCGGUAGAAUCUGUGCGCGAUAUGCCCGAAGCCACCAAGGACUUUGAAAUCGAGCUCGACAUCUUGAAAGAACUGAGAAGAUACAACACCAAGCAUGACAUGAUCAUGCUACAUUUAGGUAGUAUAACCGAACUCGAUGGGGCAGGAAAGCCCACUCGACACUCUCUUAUCUUCGAACUGGCGAACUUCAGUCUGGGUGAUCUCCUCAAAGGUGAAAAGCGUGCCCGGGAAGACAUCGCACCCUCUCGCCAGCUCGCCAGCCUAGUUGACAUCGUUGAAGCGUUAGAAUGCUUGCAUAAUCAGCUCAAAACUUUACAUCUUGACAUAAAACCUGACAAUAUCUUGAUCUUCGAGACCUGUUCCGGUUCUGGGUCCAAAAGGCAGCACAAGCUUACUUGGAAGCUCAGCGACUUUGGUCUGGCUCGCAAGAGAGAUGCAAAGCAACAGAGGGCAGGAUCUGCACAAACCUCUACAGCUACAUCGCGAACAUCUACUCAGCCUGCAACGAGACCGACAGGUUUAUAUCAGGCUCCAGAAAUCCAGGACGAAAGGACAAGUCUGGCAGGUCAGGAUAGUGAUGUCUGGUCUAUAGGCUGCAUCACACUAAUGGUACUGGCGUUCAUUGCCGAUGGGUCAACGGCAGUCAAUGCGUUGGAGACAUUCUUAAUGGUCGACUUCUCCGACGGCUCUGGUAGAGAGCCAUUUUUCUACGUAAGGAGCGACUCAUACCAAUGGGAAUACCGGAAUAUGGAUAUCUGCUGUUAUCUACCGGAGCAGGCGCAGGCCUCGAACGUCAAUAUCAUUCCAGGACCAGGAAGACGACAUAGCGCUGCUCUUCAUCCUUUUCUCAUAAGUUGGUCCAACACACUACUCAAGGCAAGGUACAACCAUGAAGUUACGCAACGAUACGUUCUAGACAUACUGAAGGUCAUCUUUGGACGGGUUCUUCGCGUCAAUCGGAACGAGAGGAUAAGAGCGACCGAGCUGCGCAACAAACUUGCCACCAUUCAGCGAGAUUGGAGCUCGUAUGACCUCGCGCCUACAACGUACGAAUAUCGCGACAUCUCACAAGAACUGUGUAUUUCACAGAAUUGUCGCGCGCGAGGACACGGACCGAGCCGCCUAGGACAAUCUGGCGAGCCCUUCCCGUUACAAGAGCCCGACGCUCGCCACAGUAUCUCAGAAACAACCAUUCCUCCGACGACUGUCGCCGAUUCACAAGCCACUCGUCAAGAUACCCAAAACAAUCUUCUGCGCCCACCACAUCCGAGCGAGCACUCUAUGCAAGCCGAGUGGAUUCAAAUGCAAGACACGACAGCGCCAACACAAGACCCAAUAACGGCAAUACCACAAGACCAGGUCCAAGCUCAGACUGGAAAGGCGGCAGCUAUGGAAAUGGAAGCGACAGAAGAUCAGAAAGCCCUCACGCCGGGGCAGAAAGUUCGUAUGCAAGAAAAUCUUCGCUCAGCAAUUGAGCGAGACGAUGCUGCUAGCGUUGAAGGCCUGCUCAGAGGAAACCCAGAGAUGUUACGCCAGCUAUUGCCUGACCAAGGGAGAUACCCAAUUCAUUGGGCUCUGUUUAAUGGCGCCUAUGAAGCUCUCGAUGCGCUUUUCGAGAAGGCGUCACUUGAGAUCACCAAGCUGGAGUGGAACGGACGCACUGCGCUCGAUCUCGCAUUGGAUUCGGGAAGGCCCGCAGCGCUCGAUUGCAUCCGAAAACAUCGCCUCAAGUUCGACUUCCCGCUUCCGCUUUACGAGAAGCGCAAGAAAAAGCUUGGGCGGGAAGCUAAAGAAAUCGCGGACGACUUGUUUGGUAUCGGUAAUAAGCAAAAGCGCUCUUUUCCAUGGCGUAAAAGCCAAACGUCUAAUCCGUCUGCAUAA